CCCAAAAUAUUUUAUUGCAAAAUUCGUGAGAAUAUUUUUUUUUUCAAUUUUGCAGUCACGAUUUGUUUUCGCUGUUUUUUCGCCGUUAGUUUAGUUUAUUUUCUUUCCGCUCAAUCGUUGGGUUCUUUAAAUCAAUCAAGACAAAAGAAGCGCUUGUUGUACGUUUUGUGAACGAUUUGCAAGCGUCUAGAAAACAGUUCAUCAUCAUGGCGUCCAUAUUAACAUUUUGUUACAGUGUUUUUAUUAAUAUUGAUGGUAAAUUAAAUCAAAUUGCGAAAAAUAAAAUAAGUUCUUUCGAGUCCACUAACACAUGGGAAGAUGUAUUAUCAGACUUCAUGAAUAAGGCAAACGUAACAUUACAAAAAACGGAUUCCGUUACAAUUUCCGUUUGCAAAAACAGCACCGAUGUCGAAAGUUUCCAUCCAGACAUUUCUGAAAGUAUUUCGGUGCUCAAUACCUUUGACUGUUCGUUGAAGUAUGUUACUUACAAUAUAAAAAGAGAAAGUGAUAUCGAUGAUCAGAACAACAAUGUUGACGGUGACGAAGCUUCCCACUCGAAUGCAUUCACCAUGAUGAUGCAGGGGGAAAACAGCAAAAAACCAAAAACGAAGACAGAUGGUAACAGAGUCACAGGCGAUUCUCUGGAGGGUGUAGUAAGCGUGCGACUGCAGAUGGACUGUUCUACUCCUAUCAAGUUUCCUUACUAUGCAGGCAACAACCCGGUGGCGGUGCGAAAAGACAUAUGUUGUCAUUGCGGGGAAGGAGGCACUGAGAGAGAUGCUGCAUUGUUACAAAAAUACAAGACUGUUCUGCCAGUUUGUAGAGCUUGCAAACUGAUAAAAGACAUUCCAAAAAGAAAUCCUAUCAAGUAGACAGUGGAUUGUGACUUGACUCCUAACAUAUAAUGUACUAAUAAGACAGUUCUUUGUUUAAGAGUUCAAUGUGAACAUUCUUAAGACAGUUCUUUGUUUAAGAGUUCAAUGUGAACAUUCUUAAACCCAAGUUCGAUAUAAAUAGCAUUAUAAUUAUGCAACUGUUUGUUUUCUAGUCAGACAUUUUUAGUCUUCUAGUCGGACAUUUUUGUGUGUUCUACACAUGUAACUAAAGAAAUUGUAUCUGUUAAAGGAUUGUCCCAAGAAUUUCACAAGUAUUUUAAUAAUUGUGCACAAUUCUUGGCCAUACUGUUCUUGUUUUUUUAAGAGUUGUGAACAUUCCAAAACCAAGUUCGAUGUAAAUAGCAUGAUAAUUAUGCCACUGUAUGUUUUCUAGUCAGACAUUUCUAGUCUUCUAGUCAGACAUUUUUGUGUGUUCUACACAUGUAACUAAAGAAAUUGUAUCUGUUAAAGGAUUGUCCCAAGAAUGUCACAAGUAUUUUUAUAACUGUGCACAAUUCUUGUCCAUACAUGUGUAUCAGUUUUCUGCUAUAAAUAAAUGGUAAAGUUGUUA